UUUUUUUUUUUUUUCGCCAGUUUAAAUUAUGCCACCUAUAGCAUACAUAACACGAUCAGAAACUUUUUCUGCUGCACAUAGAUUGCAUUCUCCUCAAUUAUCAUCUGAAGAAAAUCAGUUGUUAUAUGGGAAAUGCAAUCAUCCUAAUUUUCAUGGACAUAAUUAUAAAGUUGAAAUAACAUUAAAGGGAGAGAUAAACCCCUUAACGGGUAUGGUUAUGAAUCUUGUUGACCUUAAGGAAUGCAUAAAACUAGCUGUUAUGGAUCCACUUGAUCAUCGAAAUCUGGAUCUAGAUGUAGAAUUCUUCAAGACAAAACCAAGUACAACUGAAAAUCUGGCAGUUUUUAUUUGGUGGAAUUUCCAAUAUCAUUUUUUAAGAAAUGAAAAUUGGAGAUCCAAUUCAGCUCAAUUAUAUAAAGUUAAGAUUUAUGAAACAGAAAAUAACAUAGUGGAAUAUAUGGGUGAUAAUGGUUUAGAUGAGACAGAAAGACAGAUGGACAUUGCACUUCUUAAAUUAAUGGGUGUAAAUAUACAAAACGAGGCUGAGUCUACAAUUAAGAGUUCAGAAUUACUUGAAUCAUAACAAUGAAUUUUAUUUAUUACUUUUCUAUAAUACAAAGAUAAAAUAAAAUUAUCUAUAUUUUGAAGCCUAAAUUACGCAUACAAGUCAAAUGUGCUUGAAUUAAUUCUUGACAGUUUUCCUCCCCUUUUCUAAAAAUACAUUCAUCACGAGCUUUUUUCGUUUCAGGACAAGCGCAGCAAGGCUUAAGUGGUUUACCAUCUUUUCCAACUGGAAGUUCACCGGAUACAGUGGAUGUUGUUUUUACAGUAGAUUCUGACAUUGUUUGUUAGUGAAAAAAAAAGGGUAAAUAAAG